AUUUAGGGUUUCACAAAAAAGAGAGAUCAGGGAGCGCGAUUAUAGCUUUGAGCUGGUGCCUGCGCAAAUGGGGCGUAGGUUAGUUUGGGGGCUCCUCAUUGCUUUCUUGUGUUGCGCCAUUUCUCUCUUCUUGGCUCCUAACGACCUCCAUCGAUCCCUCGUCGCCGCCACCAACCAUGCACAACAAGACCACCACGUCAACCGAGCCUACAACGACGCCCUUGCCAAAUCCAUCUUGUUCUUCGAAGGCCAGAGGUCCGGCAAGCUCCCCGCCGACCAGCGCGUCACGUGGCGCGGGGAUUCCGCCCUCGCCGACGGCCAGCCCGACAACGUGAAUUUGGUGGGAGGGUAUUAUGAUGCGGGGGACAAUGUGAAAUUCGGAUGGACGAUCUCCUAUACGACGUCGCUUUUGAGUUGGGCUGCAAUCGAGUACCGUCAACAGAUUACCUCCGCCGGCGAGAUCGAGCACCUCCGGCAAGCCAUUCGCUGGGCCACCGAUUUCCUCCUCCGUUCCCACACUUCCUCCACCACUUUCUACACUCAGGUUGGGGAUGGGAACAAGGACCACAGUUGCUGGGAACGGCCGGAGGACAUGGACACACCUCGUACGCUCUACAAGAUCACUUCCCAGAAUCCUGGAUCCGAGGCCGCCGGCGACGCCGCGGCCGCGCUCGCCGCCGCUUCCAUGGUGUUCGAGCAUGUCGAUGCUGCUUAUUCCUCCAAGCUACUCCAACACGCCAAAUCACUGUUUGAAUUCGCGGACAAGUAUAGGGGUUCUUACGGUGCUUCCUGCCCUUUCUACUGCUCCUACUCCGGCUACCAGGAUGAGUUGUUGUGGGGGGCAACGUGGCUGUACGAGGCAACCGGUGACAAAAAGUACCACGGUUAUCUCACAAGCAACCAGGGUUGGAGUGGCUCGGUUAGUGAGUUCAGUUGGGAUAACAAGCUUGCUGGUGUCCAAACUUUACUCGCCAAGGUCGGAUGGAUGCAGAGAUUCAACGGUGGAGAUAAGGAGUUGGGGAAGUACAAGAGCGAUGCUGAAUCGUUCAUUUGUGCACUCAUGCCUGGGAGUGGCUCUCAACAAAUCCAAACUACUCCUGGAGGGCUAAUGUACACAAGGGACAGUUCAAAUCUACAGUACGUGACAAGCUCAAGCAUGCUUCUCUUCAUCUACUCCAAGAACUUGGUUGUGUCCCGCGUCAAUGGCGUUCAUUGUAGCUCCAAGUAUUUCUCCGCAUCUCAAAUACGUGCAUUUGCCAAAUCUCAGGUGGACUAUAUACUAGGGAAAAAUCCGAUGAAGAUGUCAUACAUGGUUGGGUACGGAAGCAAGUUCCCACAACAGCUGCACCAUCGAGGCUCGUCCCUUCCCUCGAUCAAAUCCCACAAGCCCAAGAUCAGCUGCAACGAUGGCUACGACCACUACUACUCCUCGAGCCAGCCCAACCCAAAUGUCCACGUGGGGGCCCUGGUGGGUGGGCCGGACUCAUCUGACAAUUACCCUGAUCAGCGAUCCGACUAUUCGCAUGCCGAGCCCACGACUUAUAUCAAUGCUGGCUUUAUCGGCUCGGUGGCUGCUUUACUCUGAUUGCAUUUACAUGCACAUGUAUAUUAGUGACUAGUGAGGAUUAAUCUCUUAGUCCAUUUCGAUUAACGUACGUGUGUGUAAAUAUAAAAAAGAACACACCAGUGUAAAAGUUUAGGCAGUCGUCCUUAAUUUGUAACCUGAAAUAGUAGGUGGAUGGAACUUGGAAGGGUACUACAAUGGUUAUAAUACUCAACCAGCCCUGGUAGGAGUUGUAACAUGGACAAACCAUUAUGCAUAUUAUCUCCAUAUCAACUUAUAUCUCCUUGAUUACAGAGUGGGAGAUAUAAUUAUUUUGGUUUUUUAUUAUUAUUAGAGCAUAAAUAUAGCCAACAAUGGGAUCAGAACCUAGAAUUUGAAGGUUGAAAAUUAUAGGUAGUCUCGCUCAAUCAAAUCCUUCUUUGUAGAGACCCAUUUCUAC